AUGGACGCCGAAUUGCAAGCCUUAAGAGAAGCUCGUCUUGCUGAACUAAAAAGAGGCACAUCUGAUUCUAACGGCGGAUCAAAUGGAGGUGCUCCCCAGGAACGUAUAGGAUCCUCAAUAUCACGAUUCUUGGAACCUGAAGCGCUUGAGAGGCUAUCUAGAGUGUCAUUGGUAAGGCCUGAUCGUGCGCAAGCAGUGGAGAACUAUCUUAAACAAUUGGUAUCUACAGGCCAGUUAAGAAACAAGGUCAGCGAGAAGGACAUUGUACAAAUCCUUGAUGGUGUCGCUAGAGAACAAAACAAGAAGAACGAAACCAAGAUCAUAUUUGAUAGAAGGGAAACUGUUGAGGACGAUGUUGAACUAGAAGAUGAUGAUGACUUCUUUGACUGA